GCCGUCUCGACAAAUAAAGCUCGAGGAAUUCUCUGGAAUUGAAUGAAUUACUAUAACACUCUACAUUCAUCAUGGCUGCCUCCCUCUCGUCUUCAGUGUCCUCUCUUCGAUCCUCGCUGCAGCUUCUUGACUCUUCUAUCAACACAUUGGAUGCUGGUGUGAGCGAUUUCCCUCGGCUCUGUAAAGUCCUGCAAACCACGAGGCAUUUCGAGCUCCUUCCAGAACCAACCCUGCGCGAAGCUCAACAGUCACUACUAGACGAGAUCACACCCAGCAUCGCACACCUGCUGUCACUUGCGUCAAAUCAUGUCGAAAAACUUGCGCGUCGCGAACAGGCUCUGAAGGCGAAAUGUGAGCUUCAAGAGGGGAGACUUUCAUCCCACGAAAGCCGAUAUAGUUCGAGUCGCAGCCAGACCAGUAGCAGCCGACAGGAUAGUGCAUCUGCAGCGAGGGCUGCUGAAAUGAGAAAACUAGUGCAGAAAAAGGAAAGAUUGAAGUAUGCCUUGGAGAGGCUAGAGCUCCAAACCAAGCAGAGAGAGCGGCAGCUGCGAAAGAGCAUGGCUCCUCAAUAAAGCGAGAAACGCCAACCCAUUCAUGACUGAACUCUGUCACACCAGAGUGGUCUUGACUACAAUCCGAACCAGCUACAGAAGCAAUGUUAGAAGCUUCUCGAGCUUCUCCAUUGGCCUCACCGCGCUAGGAUGGCCAUCGAGGCUAUUGAUACCCGAAUCUUCCAAACAAGGAGCUUCCCAGCCCAGGAAGAGCGUUGUGAAGACUUUGCCACGAUAUGGGCUCAUCUUGAAUAGUCUCUUGAAUCCCCAACACCAAAUAUUGGGCCAGACAUAGAUGACUCAUAUCGGCCACUUUCCUUCCUGUUGUACAGGGUUUCC